AGCGUCGUGCUCGAACCAGUGAUCGAAUUCGACGGAGCAUUUUGACAUCACGACACACAGCAUCGGAAGAAAAUUAUACAGAGUGAAUAAAAACGGAGAAAACAAAUUUAUUUUUAAAAAUUAUUUCGCCUAUUGAAUUAUAAACACACUUUUGAGCCAGAGGAGUAAACUGUAACUUGGACUAAGCACGGCACAUCAUCGAACGUGUCAGAAUAGUGCGUGAAAUAAACCGAUUCGUUCGUAAAUAAAUACGCGUCGUUUUGGGUGAGAAAUCGCGAAGAAAAACCGACUAGGCGCAACAGCAGUGCUCUUAAUCGAAACAUUUCCUUCCGUGUGAUGAUUAUGCACAUUAUUACAAUAAGUUGACGUUGUUGAUAUUGUGCACAUUUAAAAAUGGUUGUGUAUUAAUAGGUUUGGCGUAAGUUUGGACAUUGAUACUACAUAAUCGAGUGUAGAGAAAAACAUUGCACGGGUACGUGCUAUUGAUAAAGUUGACGGAUACAGGUUUAUAUAUGGUGGAUACAGCUUACCGCGUGUAUUGAAAUCCGUGCUACAUUUACAGUUUUUAAGCAAUCUCUCAUUUGAUGUUUGUGGUCUAACCAUUGCAGAAUAUGGAGGAUUUAAGAGACAUCGAGGACGAGUCCUAUGCUGACUCGCAGGACAUGGUGGAAUAUACAUCAGAGGAACAGGAGGACGAGCAGGAAGAGGUGGAACAUGGUACUAUGGAUGUUGAUUUAGAAGAUUUAGUAGAAGAAACUAAUCACCCCGAAGUGUCCACUGAUGAGGAAUACGAAAAUUACGAAGAUGAUGAAAAACCAAGCCGGACUCUAUUGCCCGAUAACAGCAAUACAGUGCAAACAUUUCAACAUGUGGUAUCGCUUUCGGGGCUUCAAAAAGUCGGCAACAACUCUGGGAUAGAACGAUCUACCUCCAAAGUAAUGAUGGUACCACAAUCAUCUACUGCAACGACUGCGCCAAUGAAAUUACUGAACGCUGCACGGCCCUCCCUACCUUCAACGGCGGCAACUACAUCCUAUCGGUUGUUGAAUUCGGACGGUACGAUGAUCGUGAACGUGUCUAACAAAUCAGGACCGACGAAGAAAGUAAUCUCUGUCUCUAGUCCUGUGGCAAAUCCGCCAAAUCAAACUAACAGAGUGGUGCUGAAUACAAAUGCACGAGUGAUGCAUAUUCAGCCUCAAAACAUGUCCGCAUCGACAGGAGCGGGAUUGAAAACGAUGACUGUUGGAAAAACAAUCACAAUGAAAACGAUUGCUGGUGGUGCCAUAAAAAUGGCAUCGCAAACAACGCCAUUAACAUCAGGAACAGUGGUACGUGUGGCAAAACCGGCUGUAGCUCAACCAGGUGCACUGGCAGGAACGUCGAGUGUAACGAAGCAAAAUGUUACCAUUGGAGGAACCGACGUACAGAAAGUUAUUCUUAAGCCAGGUGUUGGAAAUACGGCGACGAAAAAAAUAAUCGCUCCGUCAAGUGGAUUACACGCGGUCACCUUACCCGGUGGCAAAGGGGUACAAUAUGUACGAUUGUUAAAUCAGAGACCAACGACUAGCGGUGGCACAGUACAGAAAAUUGUAUUGAAAUCACCAAGCAAAAUACACAACAGCGCUUCCAGCUCUGUCGCUGCUACCACAGGCACUGCAGUUUCCUCAACAGGAAUCAGUGGCACCAUUCAAACCGGUUCACCUAAAAUUAUAAUGCAAAAUAAUAGAACGUUCGUUGUGCGGAAUGGUGCUGGAAAUUUAGCGGCGAUGCCAACGACGUCAAGUCUCGGUAAACCAUCAGUGCUAUCAACAAACAGGAAAAUUAUCCUAAACUCCGACAGCAAUAGUGGAACAGCACGCAUUGUGCUAUCGAAGGAAGAUAGUAAACACAUGGACAGCAAGGAUAAUCUUCAACUUGUCUCUCAGAAGCCACUAGCAGUGUCAAACGGUGGUGCUGCGCCUGAAAAGGUCGUUGUAAAAGCGGAUGUGCGCAAACAAGAUCAAUAUGUUAUCGAAACUGUCAAAGCAAAUUCGAAUAAUUCUGGGAGCUCGAGCGGUAGUAACAUAAAGGGAGCAGAUACUUCCAAGGAUUCACCGAGGGCACCAACGACUACUGUGUAUGGAUUUCCCGACGAAGCAUAUAAAAAGCGUCCAUGCAACUGCACAAAGUCGCAGUGCUUAAAACUUUAUUGCGAUUGUUUUGCCAAUGGCGAGUAUUGCUACAACUGUAACUGCAAAGAUUGCUUCAACACGUUUGAUCAUGACAACGAGCGACAGAAAGCAAUUCGUUCAACUCUGGAGCGCAAUCCAAAUGCCUUUAAGCCAAAGAUUGGUUCAAUCGGCUCGACAGACGAUGGUACAAGGCUACACACAAAGGGGUGCAAUUGUAAGCGGUCUGGAUGCUUAAAAAAUUACUGCGAGUGUUACGAGGGUAAAAUUGCUUGCUCUAGCAAUUGUAAAUGUGUUGGAUGCCGCAACACCGACCAAUUUACUUUGGAUUAUGACUACUACUCCUCAAAUGAUGCAUCGAGAAAAUCAAUUGAUGAUGGACACAGACAUGUUUCUUUGAUCGUACCUGACAAAAUUGAUUCUGAUACAGGAGUAGCACAUUCUAGCAUGAACUCCGUUGGACUGAAACGGUCAUCAUCCAUUCUGGAUGCAGAUUUGUCCCAAUUACCGCCGGCUAAGCAACCUCACAAUUUUAUGACGAUGGACGUGAUAGAAGCUACUGUCCAGUGCAUGGUAGCCCAAGCAGACGAAUGCUUGAAACGUGGCUGCAGUAUGCGUACCUCAGAACUAAUGAUUUUGGAAGAAUAUGGUCGCUGUUUAUUAGAGAUUAAGGAAUUUGCUUUCAACACGGAAAACUAAUCGUAUUCCAUCGUAAUACAAAAAUACUGUUUGAGUUUCCUAGAUUUUUUUAUCUUAUUUCAAAUACACAUUUUCUUAUAUUAAAUUAUGAUGAUAAAAUAAACUCAUUUAAUACGUCCCAUAAACAAUAUUAAUAAAAAUAACAAAACUAAAAGCCACCAUCAACAGCGUAUAUGUGUUGCCCGUUCUAUUUUUUCUAUCUACGAUUUUGAAUCGUGCCGGAAAAGAAAACAUGGAAACAACACGCUAGUGGCUCUCAGUGUAAAAUAGUAGUUUACAAAUUGAAGUAGUUUAGACAAAAAAAAAUAUCCUUCAACAGUGAAUGUGCGAUAGUGCCAUUGUCGUGCGAGUUGUAGGAACGUUCAUGCAGCGGUACCUAGGUUAAACUAAUAAGCAAAGGGAGAAACAUUUGAUUAGUCUUUAAUUGAAACAAAACCAUAUUAGAGUUUAGCUUAAAGUAAAUUUGAGUUGUAAAGAUCGCUUUGCAUGCUUGCGUAUGUGAAAUUAUAGUAAAUAAAAUUAUGUGUAACACAAAAUA